AUGGCUUGUGGAAUUGGACCUGAAGUUCUUAACCAAAAUAAUUAUACACCUUGGAGUAUGCGAAUUAAAACCUACUUGGUAGCGAAAGAUCUUUGGGACGUUGUCCAAACUGAACAUCCAGAAGUUGGUCCUAGUGAUAAACAUAAGGUUUGGAAGCAGAGGAAUGCCCAGGCUUUGCAUGCGAUCCAGCUUUCUUGCGGGGAUGACAUUUUAAGUUUUAUCAGUGACGCCACCUCGGCCAAAUCCGCAUGGGAUAUUUUGCUAGACAAGUUCGAAAUACACCGGAGAUUUUUCAAAGGCAAUGGAUCAUCCAAAGGUGAAGAUGUAGGUGGGAGCCAGCGUAGUAUGAAGAAGUUGACGUCAUUGCGGUCGAUAGUAAUUGGGACUCCGGUGGAAUUAAAAUCCCCGACUGAUGAUAAAACAAGACAUGGCGUUGACGACUCCUACCUUGGACCUUUGUUCAGUGAUGUGUGGCGCGGUGAUUGGAAAGCUGCAAAGGCGUUUCUUGACCAAAAUCCUGAGGCAAUCGGAAAAGUAUAUUCUAAGGAUGGAGGGACGAUUAUUCACAGUGCAAUUUUGUUUAAGCGGUUUGAUAUAGUGAAAGAGCUGCUGCAAUGGAUGAGAGAAGAAGAUUUGGCGAUAACAGAUCAACAUGGUUGCACACCUCUGAUUUAUGCUAUAAAUCAAGGAAGUAUCGAAAUAGUUGAAAACAUGAUUGAAAUGAACAAGAAUAUAGCGGCCAUGCGAAUUCCUCCCGACAACAUGACUCCUGUUCUCUAUGCUUUUUCACUGGGCUUCAAUGAAAUCGCUCGCAAGCUUUAUAAAGUCACUCCUCCCGAAGAACUAACAUGUGGACCCAAUGAAGGCCGUGACGGCGCUGAACUUAUUUCCAGUUGUUUCUAUGCCCAAUCAUUUGGUACGUACAUAAAUGUGGGUUUAUUUCGAGGACUUGCUAAGAAUCUCCUUAAACUUUUGGGUGUCAAGCGUAUGUAUGAAAUGAAAUUGGUCCAUGACCGAACCCGAGAAUUUUUAUGUUUAAUGAGUAGACACAUUACGUGUGUGACGGCGAAGCAAUAUUCGUUCCUGCAAACAGCAAUCUUCCGAGCUAUGGAACAAGGACUAGUUGAGUUCAUUGAUCAUCUAUUUGAGGCUAAUCCAGGCCUUGAGAUACAAGAUGGAAAAGGCAAAGCAGUGUUGGAAUAUGCCGUGGAAUGUCGUCAAGCAAAAAUUUAUAACCUUCUGUAUGGGAUGCUGAGGGAAAGUGAUAGAACUUGGGCUUUGAGUUGUAAUAGUAUUCUACAUUCAGCGGCGAAUCUAUCUGGGAACCUUAAUCAUAUUCAGGGUGCAGCGCUGCAAAUGCAAAGCGAACUGCAAUGGUUCAAGGAGGUGGAGAGCAUUGUACCUAUCAUUGUCCCUGGAUUGAUAAAUUAUACUGAUCGCAUGACAGCUCGAGCAUUAUUUACCAAGAACCACAAAGAAUUGGUGGAGGAGGGUGCGAAAUCGAUGAAAGCGACUGCAACUUCUUGUACAGUUGUAGGUGCUUUAAUUGUUACAAUGAUGUUUGCUGCAUCAUUUACAGUUCCUGGAGGAAGCACACAAGACAAAGGCUAUCCCACAUUUUUGGGUAAAAAGUUGUUCAUGGUUUUUAUAAUGUCAGAUUCUAUAUCGCUAUUUUUUUCCACAACUUCAGUAAUGAUAUUUUUAGGGUUGCUCACAUCGCGUUAUUCCGAAGAAUACUUCCUCGUAUCUUUACCCACAAAAAUGAUACUAGGCCUUUUCACCCUUUUUUUCUCUAUCGCCGCUAUGAUGAUGGCCUUCUCUUCUGCCCUUAUCCUUAUGCUUGACAAACAAUCAUGGAUCGUUAUCCCAGUUAUUCUUCUUGCGACUCUUCCAAUAGCCUCAUUUGUGUGGAUGCAAUUUCCCCUCCUUCGUGCAUGAUUUAUACUUAUGGACCAGGAAAGUUUGACAAAAAAAAAGAAACGUUGAAUUUAAAUUCUUCGUGCCAUGUAAUUUUAUGUAUUUUUUUCCUCUUGAUGUAAUAUGUGUGAUGUUUAUCUUUGGUUGAUUUUGU